AGCUAUCUAUGUUGGCAGUGCAAGCAAAACAAUGAAAGAAUUGGACGCUCAGUGAAUAUGGAUGAAGAAGAAAGAAUGGUAGUUUUUGGCAACCAGAUGGCACACCUGCAGACUGUAGAGGAAGAGAGGAGGCUCUACAAUGACAUGGUUCAAAAGUCUAAAACAGCUGCAGCUUUGGCUGGCAUUACAGAACUUGGCCGUAAUUUUCCCAACUCAUUGGACGCCACAAUACACUUCAGUUUUGACUACGCACAGCAAGUACAUUUACCCAGCACCCCUUUGCAACCUGGUCCCAUCUAUUUUUUAGUGCCAAGAAAAGUAGGCAUUUUUGGCAUUUGCGCAGAAGCCAUACCCCAACAAAUGAACUACCUUAUUGACGAAGGCAUGACAAGCGGCAAGGGGUCAAACAUGGUCAUCUCUUUGUUGCACCAUGUUCUCGAAAACUUUGGUUUCGGAGAAAAAAGGAUAGAACUUCACUGCGAUAAUUGUAGUGGUCAGAACAAAAAUAGAUUUGUCCUUUUUUAUUUAGCUUGGAGAACUAUUAAAGGUCUCCAUGACCAAGUAUCUGUGAAUUUCAUGCCUGCCGGUCACACUAAAUUUGCUCCGGAUUGGUGUUUUGGUCUGCUGAAACGCAGAUUUAGGAUAUCAGAGGUUCACUGUCUUCGGGAUCUUGUGCGCACGGUCAACACCAGUACCCUGAAAGGGAUCAAUCGUGCACAGUUAGUGGGGACAGAGUCUGGGGAGAUUCUUGUGCCAGUUUAUGAUUGGCAGCAAUUUUUUAAUGGCCACUUUCGACCUCUCAAGGGUAUUAAAAGCAAUCAGCACUUUUGUUAUAGAGCACAGUCACCUGGCAUUGUCUUCUAUAAACAGAACCUGAACAACAGUUUGCCAUAA